AUGGAGCAGGUGGCUCACGAGGAGGUGGAGCGUGCGGCGGCUCUGGACAUGACUACCAGAGGCGCGAUAAUGGUGCAGGCCGUAAUGCACGGGACGAAAAGCGGCAUCGUUGAGCUUUGUACACAGGCCCGCAUGCGUACACCAUUGUCUCGGACGUUUUUGUCUUUCUGUGAAUUGCACGAUAGCCUGCAUGCGUUUCGGCCCCAACACUGUGCGCCCGCCUGCGCGUCGGCCCCAACACUGUGCGCCCGCGUGCGCUUCGGCUCCAUCAUUGUGCACCCGCGUGUGCUUCGGCCCCAUCAUUGUGCGCCUGUGUGCGCUUCGGCCCCAUCACUGUGUGCCCGCCUGCCAUUGGUUCACGAUCAAGGCCUUGGUCUUCUUUGGGAGUUACUAAUGAUCACGCCCGUGCACGUCUUUCUUGGCUCGUUUUUUUUUCACGCCAGGGAGCAUUACAGCCGUUUCAAGGCCGGCUCAGGCCGUCUAUCAAGGGAAUUUUCCACGGUCAUCUUCUGUUUCCGCCCCUUGGAAGGGAGAUCAUCUCUUGCUGGCGUUCACAGACGUUCAGGCAGGUUAAUCAGCCGCUUUCCUAUCACCGUGGCUCUUUUCUUGUCGUUCAAUUAUGACCUGUGGAAACAACUAGUGCGGUCCUUGGAUAAUGAGAAAGGUGGGCCCGGCAAACCGCCUGGGCUUUGGAGGGAUGAGAAAGGCGAAUACACAGCUAAACUCGCUGGUGGAGAUCAGUCAUCCUCUGAGGUCCCGCGUUCGCUAUCUCCAGCACCCGUCCCAAUGCAUGGCAGGCUCCAACGCUGCAUAUUUGCCUGGAAGACGAGCAUGCAACCUUCAUCAAUCAAGCCGUCCCAGAAUUAG